GGUUAUGUUUACAUUGCAAACGUGACCGAAAUCCCGAAAAGUUGCAGAUAGUGCAAAAGCUGUGCUUUACACGUGGCUUAUACUCUUUUCUAGUGGUAAGAAUUUAUUAGCAAAAUGUCAGAGCUUAGUGAUAAGAUUUUAAAUUAUUUAGAAACUUCACAUCCUGUGGACACGUUAAAAUUAGCUUCUACAUUCGAGGAAGACCACCAAAAAGUGAUAGGUGCCAUCAAUAGUUUACUUGCUUUAGAUGACAUUAUCACCGCAGAGAAUGUCUCCAGUAAAAGAUGGGAGCUAACAGAAGAAGGGAAGCUUGUCUGUGAUAAAGGUAGCUAUGAAGUCCACCUUUUCAAUGCUAUUCCGUCCGAGGGAAUUAAUCAAAAACAGAUAAUGGCAGAUGUUCCUAAUUCGAAAGUUGGCUUUGCGAAAGCAAUGUCUAAAGGCUGGAUUCUCUACGACAAAAGCACCAACCUAGUCACACGAAAAGUUGAUUCAGUAGUAGACGAAGUGCAAGCAGAUCUAAAAUCAAUCCAAGAUGGAAAGUCGGAGGCAGUUACAGACAGUAACAAGCAAGAUUAUAAAAAGCGGAAAUUAAUUUUGGAAGUCACUGUCAAGAGUUUCCUCGUGAACAAAGGGAAGAAUUUUACUACCACCAUUGAGAAACCAGAAGCAGAUCUCACUCAUGAUAUGAUCAUGUCAGGGUCCUGGAAAGCUAAGACUUUCAAGCCGUACAAUUUUGACGCACUUGGCGUUGUUCCUCCAAGCGGUCACCUGCACCCUUUGAUGAAAGUUCGGCAAGAAUUUCGCCAGAUUUUCCUGGAGAUGGGUUUCUCUGAAAUGCCAACCAACAACUAUGUAGAAAGCUCCUUCUGGAAUUUUGAUGCUUUAUUCCAACCUCAACAGCAUCCAGCUCGUGAUGCUCAUGACACCUUUUUUAUCUCAGACCCAGCCACCAGCGAUAAGUAUCCUGCAAAGUACGCAGAGCGUGUCUGCAGGGUCCACUCCAAGGGCGGUUAUGGAUCGCAAGGAUACGGAUACAAAUGGUCAAAAGAUGAAGCACAGAAAAAUCUUUUACGUACUCAUACAACAGCUGUAAGUGCAAGGAUGUUGUAUGCCUUAGCCCAGAAAGAAUUUAAACCAGUCAAAUAUUUCAGUAUUGACAAGGUCUUCAGGAAUGAGACAUUAGAUGCCACUCACCUAGCAGAGUUCCACCAAGUGGAAGGCGUAAUCGCUGAUGUUGAUUUAUCUUUGGGCCAUUUAAUAGGUGUUCUGGAUGAAUUUUUCAAGAAGUUGGGAAUCACGCAACUGCAGUUCAAGCCCGCUUAUAAUCCCUACACAGAGCCAAGUAUGGAAAUAUUUUGUUUUCACCCAGGGUUGAACAAGUGGAUUGAAGUUGGAAAUUCUGGAAUUUUUAGGCCUGAAAUGCUGCUUCCAAUGAAUUUACCUGGGAAUGUCAACGUUAUUGCGUGGGGACUGUCAUUAGAACGACCGACUAUGAUUAAGUAUCACAUAAAUAACAUUAGAGAUCUAGUAGGUCCAAAGGUAGAUUUGAAAAUGGUUGAAAAUAAUCCUAUCUGCAGGCUUGACAAAUGAGAGAUCUUUAUAUUUUAUUAUAGGUAUUUAAGUAUUUUGGUGAGAGCACUGUUACAGUUACAGACACAGAACAGUUUUAGAGCGCAAAGAAAAAUAAAGAGUUUUCAUAAGUACUCAAUGAAACUAUCAAGUAAGGUAUAACUUACAUUCUUAAAAAGUUAAAAAUGCCUGACAAGAACCUCUCACCCUCUUCUCAUAAGUAUUGCUUUAAAUCAAAGCAUUAACUGAAUAAAAAAUUUCUGGUGAGGAAGGCACCCCCCCCCCCCCCCCCACUCCUCCCUCUGAAGACAAUUUCUUGAUUUUCAUAUGGUUGUAAGGAAGCAAAGACAGUUGAUGUGCGAGGUUUCUUUGCCCUCUGAAUUGGCAUCAACUCCUACCCAACUUUUUCCCAUGAGUGUACUAACAUUUUCUAAUUAUUUUCAUUCCCCAUAUCUUUUUCGUUUGUCAACUGGGGCAUGCUGAUAUUUAUUUGAGCAAAUACUCAGUUUUGAGCAUUUUGACUUUAUGUCGCAGUAGAUGGACAUGGAGAUCUUGCUGCCUCACUGUUUCAUAAUCGUGUACAGCAAUGCUAAUAGAAAAUGUUAAUGGCCCGCUACUUGUCAGCACUUGCUGCUUUUAAACUUUUUGAUUCAAUAAUUAUUGUUUUUGCUGUCAAAACUCAUUUCAUGAAAGGUAAUAAUUAUUGACUCUGAAUUGAACUUCAUUGUCUGCAAGGUCUUUAGCUUGUCACCGUAUUUUUUUCUUUUCUCAUCAGUGGAAAUAACCUGAACGUCAAAUUUCUGAUACCAUAGUUUAUUUUCAAGCCUGAUUGAUGGAAGGAUAGCCCUCUCUACCACUAGAGAUAAUAGUGAAUUUCAUUACCAAUUGAAACGCCUGAAUGAGUAUUAGUAGAACUACAUCACACAAUGCCUUAAUUUCUUUUCCUACUUAACUUUCUCGCCAGAGAACUGAACAACUCCACUGAUUUAUUGAUUGUUUUUGUAAUCUACAACAAAUUUACAUUAUGUGUGAAGGCAGUGUGCUGCUUCAUAAAAAAUGAGAGGAGCUAAGGCAAAUCCGUCUAAUAAAUUUUCAAAUUGAAUAGGUCAUUUAGUGUGAACCCUUGCUGUUUUUUCUGAUUAUCAAGAGUUAAUUUUAAUGUCACCUCAGUGAAGGUGUCAGUAUUGAUGCGAAAAGUUCAGGGGUAAUUUAAUCUAUCACUCUCGAUUGUGUAGCAUACCUUGUUUUAAAAUUUUAAGGUGACAAUCGGAUUGAAUCCUUUUUCUUGACCUUUCGAAGACAUGUGAUUUAUUAUCCAUUUUGUACCUACAAAAGUAAAUGCUAUUAUACACUGUGAAUUACCUACA